UUGCGGUUCAAGGAAUAGAAUUGUGGGACACUGGCAUACAUAUUUGGUGUUGGCUUCUUUUCCUUGGCUUUCUAGACUUCAUAAUCAUGAGGAUUUGUACUUUAUGUGAUGGUGCCCUGAAAGCAGGAUCUGGUAGUGUAACUAGAGCUAUCUUCUCUGCAGAAUGCUCACAUUCCUUUCAUUUCACUUGCAUCACUUCAUAUGUGAAGCAUGGAAACCAUGUUUGCCCCAUUUGUGAUGUUGAAUGGAAGGAUAUCCCUUCACAUGCACCUAUUGCCAAACCAACCAAUGGAACGACAAGAGUCGUCCCCAUUCUUACCUGGCCAUCACAUAUUAAAGCGACAUCAGGCACAUUACCCUGUAUUCCUUCUCAAACAAAUUCUAAUCGGAGCAUUACAUCAAAUUCCCAAUCUUCUGAGCCAUUUCACUUCAAUGAUGAUGAUCCCUUGGAUUUCCAAUUUAAGUUUCCCUCUAAUGAUAAAUCAAUCAUUAGGUCCAUAGAUAUCAAAACAUCCACUGAAUUGUCAGCUGUUCGGAGAUCAAUAUCGCAAAAAAACUUCCAUGUACUUAUUAAUCUCAAAGCUCAUGUCACAGAUAUGAAUCAAGUUAAUAGUGAUAUACCAUCUCCAACUCGUCGUGCUCCAGUUGAUCUUGUUACCGUUCUUGAUGUAAGUGGUAGCAUGACAGGCACAAAGAUUCUGCUGUUGAAGCGAGCCAUGGGGUUUGUCAUAGAGAACCUUGGCCCUUUUGACAGAUUAUCCGUUAUUACCUUCUCAUCUAAUGCCCGCCGCCUCUUCCCGCUUCUCCUAAUGGAUGAUUCUGGAAAACAACAUGCACUACAAGCUGUGAAUUGUUUGUUUGCUGGUGGUGAGACAAACAUUUCAGAAGGUCUAAAAAAGGGGGCACAAGUAAUGGAAGACCGGAGACACAAAAAUCCUGUUUGUAGCAUCAUGCUGUUAUCUGACGGGCAGGAAACAGUUAAGAAUAGAAUCCACCUUCAAGAAAAGUUAAGGUUGAAAAUUCCAGUUCAUACAUUUGGAUUUGGUGAGGACCAUGAUCCCAUCACGUUGCACUCAAUUGCCGAGGGUUCCAAGGGCACAUUUUCCUUUAUUGAAAACGAGGGACUGAUACAAGAUGCAUUUGCUCAAUGCAUCGGUGGCCUCCUUGGUGUAGUUGCACAAGACUUGCAAGUACAUAUACAAUCUCUUCAACUCGAUCUUUGUCUUAGCCAACUAAAAGCAGGGAGUUAUUCCUCCAACAUAUCAUGCGAUAAUCAAAUAGGAUUUGUAGACAUUGGGGAGUUGUAUGCAGAUGAAGAGAGGGAUGUACUUGUGCUGGUUAACAUUCCAUCUGUAGAAGACAAGGAUUCCGGCAAUCAGAUGAAGCUGGUUAGUGUUAGGUGUACAUACAGAGACCCUUUCACGAAAGAAUCCAUGGCUACAGAUGCUAUAGAAGUGAAAAUAUAUAGACCCAGAAGUCUUAUUGAAGAUUUGGUUGUUUCUGUAGAGGUUGAUAGGCAGAAAAAUCGGUUCCGAGCUGCUGAGGCAAUGCGUUUUGCACGGGCUGCUGCAGAUAAAGGUGAUCUGCCUAAUGCACGAGCAAUAAUUGAUCGUUGUAGGAUGUGGAUAUCAGAGAGUGCUUCUAUGCGUGCCGGUGACAAGUUGUGUGUUGCAUUGGAUGCCGAGCUUCAAGAGGUAUGGUCAAGAAUGGGGAGCAAGAAAAUUUACGAGUCAACGGGAAGGGGAUAUAUACUUUCGGGAAUGAGUGCACAUUCAAUGCAAAAGGCUACUGCUCGAGGAGAUUCUACUGAGACGUCUAGCCCUGUUCAUGCUUAUCAGACGCCUCCCAUGUUUGAAAUGCUAAAACUAUCUCGGAUGUCUCUCCCAAAUUUCCUUCGGCCCAAAAAAACGCAGCCUAAAUAUAUUUAGUGCUUGCUUUUCUCUUCCUUCCCUGGGAUUGGGUCGAUAGUAUGGGGUUCAACAGACCUGCUUGUGUGGGGAUGCGAGCUUUGAGUUUAUGUAGUUCAAGCUCAUGUAUUCGUGGAUCGAUGAAUAUAAUUUGUUUGAGUCUGCAUGCUCGUACUAUCAUGAUACCCUAUUAUGUAGUACAGUAACUUAUAAAAUACUACCUCAAAAAGAGGUAUUUUUAUUUUUUCA